AUGUAUGACCUAACUCCUGCUAUUCACAGGCUUGUAUCUACUUCUGCCUAUUGGCAUCUACCGAGAGAGCGGAACAACCAUCUGCAAGGCACAAUUGGUACCUCGCACAAUACCACUUUACCAGUAGGCCGGAACCAAACAUCUAAUAGCGAUGAGCUGAUAGAGCAAGCCGACAUCGAGCAGGGGGCAUCGAGCUCAGAGGUCAUUGGCUGGGGAAUUCAGUUCAUGAAAGGGGGUUUGUUUCUGGUUGUUGUGGUAAUCCCGAAAAGCAUAAAAGUUGUAGUCUAUGGACAUGGAUGCUUGACAGCUGCUGACUCAGAUCUGACAAAGAGCCAUAACUGCCGACGCGAGACAAGCAUCGAGCAUUCCAAUCACAUCUCUCCUCCACAGCCUCGAUCCCAGCUCACAGUGGCGCAAGAUCUACGGAAUAGAUAUUCAAUGGUCAGACCGUGGAGUUUGCUUUGGCUUGAGCUGGACGAGCAGACAGGAUUUACAGCGCAGGACGUCUGA